AGGAGCGAGGAGAUGGGAAGGAUUUUUGGCUUAAAAUAAUAAUAAAAAAAGGAAGUCUCGGCCCUCUCGGCUCUCAUCCCUCACUUCGUCACGUUCUUGGUGCUUUUAAGAGGACUUUAUUUUUGUUCUCCCAAGGGUUUUUUCUGGGUUUUGCUUUUCGAACCAAGUCUCCGUCUCGCUCGCUCUCUUCUUUUUUCUCUCUUUCUCUGAUCUAUGUUUUUGGUUUGGUUUGGUUUGCUCUGUUGCGAAGGACAUGCGCGUCGAUCUCUUUGGGUUUCAGACGGAAAUCGAAGGGACUAGAAAUGUUAGAGAUCAAAGAUCCGGCUAUUAAGCUCUUUGGGAAGACUAUCCCGUUGCUGGAGAAUCAAAUUCCGACUGAAACAGGGGAGAAAUCGGAUCCUGAGUCUCAGUUUCCGGUGGAAUCCGAGGAUACGGGUGCAUACAGAGAAACAAAAAAGAUAGAGGAUGAGGAUGAGGAUGGUCCUACAGAAGAGUCUAGAAUCCAAGAUAAGUCUUUGGGCGAUGAUAGUAAGGAAGGCAAGCACCAAAAUCAAACUGAGGUGGAGGAGAAAGCAACAAUAGAUUCUAAGCACGAUGAAGAUCAGGGUGAUACUGAUGUGGCCUCCCAAGAGAAGGUUCUGAAGAAGCCUGACAAGAUCCUUCCUUGUCCUCGGUGCAACAGCUUGGAUACAAAGUUCUGCUACUUCAAUAAUUACAACGUUAACCAACCUAGGCACUUCUGUAAGAACUGCCAGAGAUAUUGGACUGCUGGUGGAACAAUGAGAAAUGUUCCUGUUGGUGCAGGACGGCGCAAGAAUAAGCACUCAGCCUUGCAGUAUCGUCAUAUGAUGAUGUCCUCUGAUGCAAUGCCAAGUACCAGGGGUGACAACCCUGAUUCAUCAAAUCAUCAAGUUGUCUCCUGUGGGGCCUUGCCCAUCCCUUCAAAAACUCUGAAAGGAAAUGGGACGGUCCUAAAGUUUGGUCCUGAUACACCUCUAUGCAACUCUAUGGCAUCAGUGCUCAAUAUUGGAGAACAGAAGAGAAAGGUUGAGAAUGGAAUCGUGGCUUGUGCAGAAAAUGGAGAAAACCCUUCAUGUGUCUCUUCAAUGACGGUCUCGACUUGCAAAGAAAAUGUUAAUCCCAAAAAUGUUGCACAGAUUCUGCAAAAUGGUACACCAGGAUGUAAUGGGCCUACUCCUACUCAUCCUCUCCAAUGUUACCCUGGUCCACCUUGGACUUACCCAUGGAAUCCUGCUUGGAAUAAUGUAGCCGCGAUGCCAGCAGGCCGGUGCUCAUCUGAGUUGGUUUAUGGACAGGAUAGCAGCAAUUCAAGUCCAGUCCAAUGGGCCUCUCCACCUAUGGUCGCAGCUCCUGCCUAUUGCACACCAAGCAUCUCCUUCCCAUUUAUGCCACCUUCCUAUUGGGGUUGUAUGCCUAACUGGCCUCCAGCAGCUGCAUGGAAUGUACCAUGGCUUGGAUCUAAUGGUAGUCUUUCUUCAUCCUCCUCUACCAGCAACAGUGGCCAUUCGGGGAAUGGUUCACCAACAUUAGGGAAGCAUUCUAGAGAUGUAAGUGUACAAGGGGAAGAGAAGUUGGAGAAGAGUCUUUGGGUUCCUAAGACGUUGAGAAUUGAUGACCCUGACGAGGCUGCAAAGAGUUCUAUUUGGGCUACUUUGGGUAUUAAGCCGGAUCAGAAUGAACCAAUAACAAAAGGUGGCAUUUUCAAAGCUUUCCAGCCCAAAAUGGAAGACCAAGUUGCAUCAGAUGCAACACAGGUGUUACAAGCGAACCCUGCAGCUUUGUCCCGCUCUCAGACAUUUCAAGAGACGACAUGACUGUGCUGUGCAUGCGUGAAGUGGUGUAGAGCUUAUAUCCAUGGCCAUGGUUGACUCAUGCAUACUGGUGGAGCAUUUUGUUGUAUAGAGCACAAGCUAGCUGCUUUUUCCAGGUGCUGUCUUUCAUGGCAGCGAUUUAUAUUUGUACUUGGUUUGGAUGGUCAAAAGCCACUAGAAUUCACAAGGUUGGUGACACCAUCUAAAAUGUUUGCGUCGCUAUGCUGUAAAUAGUAGGGUAUAAUUAGUGGCAGAGUUUUUAUAGUGCUUGAUACUUUGCCCAGACUAAUAGAUUCCAGAAUUGUAGUCUCAUGCAUAUGUUUUGGCUUUGAACUGGUGAGAGAAAGAGGGAUGCAAUUGCAGGUCCCCUCCCCCAUCAGUUUAGUUGUUUCUUUUUCCGCCCAAUGCUUCCGUCAUGUUCAUGGCUUAUGAGGAGUGCUGCAGCUUUGUAAGCUAUGGUCUGAAUUUCUUAACUUGAGAUCAAGAUAUUGAAUUAUCAGCUAACUAAUUAUUUGUA